AUGGAUCCUACAGAAUACUUGCUUGACAACGGCUGGCUGCCGUCGCCAGUGAUUCGCGUCGGCAUAAGGCGACAGCUAGCCCAGCGCGUGCAAAUGAUCAAGUCGGAGUCAAUGUCCACCGCAUACGACCGGAAGAUGUCCUACGUGGCCGCUUUGCGCGAACGGCCCAUGGCGAUCGACGUGGACAAGGCGAACACCCAGCACUACGAGGUCGGCACGUCGGUGCUCCAAGCCUGCCUCGGCCCCCGCAUGAAGUACUCGAGCUGUCUGUAUCCGACGGGCAAGGAGAGCUUGGCUCAAGCUGAAGUCGCCAUGCUGGAGAGUUACGUGCAGAAGGCGGAAUUGCGAGACGGCCAGGACAUUCUCGACCUGGGCUGCGGGUGGGGCAGUGCCUCGCUUUAUUUGGCUGAGUUGUUCCCCGGAUCGAAGGUCACGGCGUUUUCGAAUUCACGCACGCAAAAGCUGUACAUCGAUGAGCAGGCCAGGGCGAAGGGACUGACAAACCUCAAGGUCAUCACCGGCGACGUGGUGACAUACGAGUUCACGCCGGAUGCCUUCGACCGCGUGGUCUCGAUUGAGCUGUUUGAGCACAUGAAAAACUAUGGCUUGCUCAUGAAGAAGAUUGCCCGCGCACUGAGGCCUGGUGGGAAGCUGUUUGUCCACAUCUUCAGCCACAAGGACUCGCCGUAUGAUUUCGAGGAUGGGUGGAUGAGUACCCAUUUCUUCACGGGAGGGACGAUGCCAUCGGCGGAUCUGUUGCAUUUCUUUCAGGACGAUCUCACGCUGCGGAAACAGUGGUGGGUUAGUGGGAAGCACUAUGCAAAGACCUGUGAGCAUUGGCUGAGCAAGAUGAAUGCCAGUAAGAAUGAUAUUUGGCCAGGUCUGGAGGAGACAUAUGGCAAAGAAAAGGCGGCCAUGUGGUUCUACCGCUGGCAAAUAUUCUAUCUGGCGUGCGCAGAGCUUUUCGCGUGGGACGGCGGUGACGUUUGGGGAGUAAGCCAUUACUUGUUCGAGAAGAUCGGUGACGGGAAGUAG